AUGGAUGCAGACCGCAUCACUGAGAUGUCCCUGUGGCCGAGAGACGGGUCCCUGUUUGCCACGGGAUCAAAGAGGCCGAUGGUUGAGUCUCUGGAGCUGGCCGGGCGCACGGGCUCGAUAUUCACUCCCCAUGGCAGUGUGACGGGAUCUGCGUUGGGGAUCGGGGGUGCCACGAGGGCCAGCCACAAGGCAAGCAGCAUUUUAGAGCUGCUGGAUCGAUCCGAACAGCAGGACGUGCUGCACGGCCUGAGGCCCUCAUCUGAGAAUGCCCCUUCAGCAUCCCUGAAGAGCGUGCACCACCACCACCCCGGUGCCGACGACGCCCUGUCUGCGGCAGACACUAUGAGCGUCACCAGCAUGGCAUCCCUGGGCAAGAAGUCUGCUCAACUUGCACACUCUGUGUACGAGGGCUUUCAGAACAGGAUAAGGAAGCUGGAGGAGGAGCAGAGGGGGCGGGAUGCAACGAUCGUUGCCCUCCACAAGGAAAUGGAGAUCUCCAAUAAACGCCAUCAAGAAGAGAUGCAGGAUGCCGCUGCGCGCCUGGCACGGGAACUGGAGGCCCUGCAGAACAAGCAUGACGCCCAGCAGCUGGCUGACCGCGAGAGCCAUAUGCAAUUCAUCGACCGGCUGCUGGCGGACAAGGCCAACUUGGAGCAGCAGUGCCAGAGGCUGGCCUGCGAACUGAAGGAACAAUCUGAGAAGCAUCUGCGGGAGGUGACCGCCAUGAAAGAGGGUUGGAGGGCGGAGCUGAAGAGGCAGAGGGACGGGUGGAACGCAGCCGAGAAAGUUCGAAGGCAGCGCUGGACGCAGGCGCAACUCAAAGAAAUCAAGGAAAAGACCAUCAGGGCCCUCGAGCCCCAAGUGACGCAAAUGGCGGAGGACUACAAGAGCCAGGCGCGGCGCCUGCAGGAGCGGCUGGCCGCCCAGGAGGCCAUGGUGGCUGACUACGAGAAGCACACCGUGCAGCUGAGGGACAGGCUCCUCAAGGUGGCGCUCCGCGUCAAUACGCGAACAUUUUCUUAA